AUGAACAAAGACAAAGUUCAUGAUAAGGAAACUCACGGAACAAGUAGCGAUAUAACUGAGAAGACGUCUGUGGAAAAGGUGAAGGGUCCAGAUCUGCUUGAGCGAGCAAAGGAAGAGAUCGAGGCUCUUGCUGGAGCUGUUCAUACUAAGAUGGAGCAUCAUUCCAGUCCUCAUGAGAAGAAGGAAGAAUCACAUAAGGAAGACAAGGAGGGGAGCCUGCACAAAAUAAAAACCCACACGAAUGAAACUCACGGAACAAGUGCUGACAUAAAUGAGAACACACCAGUCGACAAAGUCAAAGGCCCGAAUGUGUUUGAGCGUGCCAAGGAAGAGAUUGAAGCUAUUGUCGAAGCUAUCCAUCCGAAGAGUGGAUCAGACAAAGCUAACAUGAGGUCAUGA